AGAAUAAAAAACAAUGUCAUACGGAUAUGGUGGAUACGGUAAUUGUGGUGGUGGAAUACUUGGAUCAGUUCUUGGAAUGGCUGGUGGAAUGGCUGGAGGAUACGGUGGAUAUGGUGGAUAUGGAGGUUAUGGAAGAUGUGGAGCAGAUAAUGUGUUUUAUCGUUGGCGUUGUUGUGACUACAGUCCUUAUGAAUGUUGUAUACAAUUGGAGACAUGGGUUGUAGUAUUUCUUGUCAUAUUCAUAAUUGGAUUCUUCGUAUGUCUUUGUGCUUGUCUAGCCGGAUGUGUGUGGUCAGCUCGUAAUCGUGAAUAAUUCCAAUGUUUGACAAUCAACUUAUUAAUUGUGAUUUUGAAGGUUUCGAUAUGUAUUUACCUCACCAUUUAUAUGCAGUUUAAAAAUAAAAUAAGUAAAAACCCAGA